AUGUUGUGCACCGUUGCUCGAUUAGCGGCCAUCGCAUUAUGUUUGGAAGGGACUUUUGCUCAAAACGGCCCUAGUGCCUGGACAGCGUCACCUUUCACUCCUCCUGCCUGGCCACUUGCUGUCCGCUCUCCGUAUUUGAAUAGCUGGCUCUCGCAAGGAAACAAUCCAGCCUCUCUAAAUACUGAAUGGGCUGUACAAUGGUCUGGUGGGAUUACCGGCUGGUAUGCGUCCGCUGUAGUCGACGGACAAGCCUACAAACUAUUGGGCGAUGCUGCCAUCCCGACCGUAAACGCGAACCAGACUGCAGUUGAAUUUACGGCAACUCGUACUUCGUUCAUUUUCACCGCUGGACCCAUGCAAAUCAAUGCAUCAUUCUUGAGCCCUGUUGAGCCAACGGAUCUAGUUCGCCAAUCCAUGCCGUAUAGCUACCUAUCCAUCUCUGCGUCUUCUACCGACGGCAAUUCUCACUCUUUGCGAUUAUAUUCGGACAUUUCUGGCGAGUUCAUUGCGGGAAAUGUAUCCGAUAUAGCGCAGUGGUCGUCCAGUGAUGAAGGAGAAUACAUUGUCCUAAGUAUGCAACUGCAGGCACAGCAGAAGUAUGUGGAAGUCUCGAAUCACCCACAAGAUGCCACGGAGUACUACGCCUUCAAGAAGAUAUCGGGGACGACGACAUCAUGGGCAAUAACUACGGAUGUAAUUAAUCGUGGAACCGCUGCGAACGGUACUUCACUAGGGAACAAAGUUGAUACCAACUUCCGCGGAGUCGGAGAUAAUUGGCCUGUCCUGGGUAUUGCUGUGGAUUGGCAGAGUGUCCAAUCAAUGUCGCAGCCCGCAGUAUGGGCAAUCGCCGUUGUUCGAGGUCCGUCGAUACAAUAUCGCACAUCUUCUGGUUCGUUGGAAGAUCGUUAUCCCUACUUCUUGUCCGCCUAUGGCGAUGGAGCGACUGCUGCCAAAGGCUUCUUAGAUGACUUCUCUCGUGCACAGUCAGCCGCAGCAACAUUGGAUGCGCAACUUCGCAAUGCUGGCAAACAAAUCUCAUCCAACUAUGCAGAUCUACUCGCACUCGUCACGCGGCAGGCACUGGGUAGUUUGGACAUCACACUUGCAAAGUCUGGUGACGGAAGCUGGAAUAGUUCAGACGUGAAAGUGUUUAUGAAAAACAUGGGUGGUAUUGGGUCCGAUGUUAACGGUGUCAACACUGUUGAUACACUGUAUGCCGCGUUUCCACUUUUCCUAUACUUGAACCCGGAGCUUGGAGGGUAUCUUCUGUCACCGCUUUUGGAAUACCAGGACUCAACUGUAUACACUUUAAAUUAUGCGGCAAUGAAUAUUGGAUCCUCGUAUCCGAAUGCCACUGCGGACGACUUAACAAGUACACACGACUUCGGCAUUGAAGAAACGGCCAAUAUGCUCAUUAUGACGUUGGCCUAUUCUCAAAGAUCUGGGAACGGGACGUUCAUCGGCACGCAUUACGCAUUGCUGAGAAAGUGGGCAGAAUACUUAGGAAACAAUACGCUGACGCCUUCAAACCAGAGAUCGGCUGAUUCAUUUGUUCUGACCGCCAACCAAACGAAUCUUGCUCUAAAGGGUAUCAUUGGAAUCGCGAGUAUGGCAAAGAUUUCCGAGAUAGCUGGCAACAGCGAUGACCAGAAAACAUUCAAUGCCAGUUUCUUCGCUGAUACGGCUUUCUCGUAUAUAUCGCAAUGGCAGAAUGACGCCGUCGCUUCAGAUAAUUCGCACAUCAACUUCUUCUACGGCAAGACAGAUUCGAAUGGCUUGAUUUACAAUCUAUAUGCGGACAAGCUGCUUCAACUGAAUCUCGUCUCGAGCUUCGUGUACGAUGCUGCGACUGUCUUCUAUAAUAGCGCGGGUGGUAUGUAG